GCAGACUGGGAGGAAACAUGUUUUCCCUGAACACAUGCAGCAGUUAUGGUGACGGGAUCAGUUCAGUGAGACGCUAGAACACUUUGUGAGGAUCAAAAAUCAAAAAUCUGUGCUGUAAAUCUGGCAAAUGGACAAAAGGAAGAAAGGAUCUCCUACAGAAUUGAGGCUGAUGGUGGUCGGAAGCAGUGGACACUCUCAGUUCCUACUGACCAACGCCAUACUAGGGAGGGAGGUUUUUCCUAAGGACAUCACCAGCAUUUCUGGCAGCAGGAAAAACACCGGAGAGCUGGCUGGAAGACGAGUGGCUGUGAUCAAUGGGCCAAACAUCUAUGAGAAAGGUAUGUCUCCGCCCAAGAGGGAGAUGGAGCUGAGGAGGUCUAAGUGCUUGUGUGUCCCUGGUCCCCACGCCUUCCUUGUUGCUUUUGACAUGGACAAAAUCUCCCCGAAUGACGAGAAAACCCAGAGAAUGAUGAAGGAACACUUUGGGAAUCACUGUCUGAGGAACUGCAUGGUCCUCCUGGCUUCUGAAAGAAACCCAGACGCCCUCUUGGAGGACAAGCUGCAGAAGACCGACUGGCACCUGAGAGAACUCAUCGAGAAGUAUGGCGGACGCUUUCACGUUUACAGCAAGAACUGGCGAGACCGCAGCCGGGACAGAGAGCUGCUGCAGAAGAUAGAGAGGAUGGUGGCAUCCUUAGGGGGGGGCUACUUCUCCAGCAGAACUUUUCAGAAGGCGGAGGACUGCGUGAAGAAGGAGGAGAGGAAGCUCCGGAAGAAGAGGUCAGCAGAGAUAGAGAAGGCGUGGACGGAGAUGGAGAAGCGGUACAUAGCCGACGAGUUGUAUCACCAGAAGGACGCCUACACCGCCAGUGUUGGCGCUGAGAUCAGAGCCAAGGCAGAGAUGGACAACGGGUGGCUCAGAACGUCCCUGGUCAGAGGGCUGGGGACGGGGUUUUUUGUGGGGGCUGUGAUGGGAGCAUUGGUCGGGUCUAUAGAGGGGCCAGGAGGGAUGGUUCUUUAUGGGAUCAUAGGUGGUGCGGUUGGAGGAUCAGCAGGAGGAACAGCCCAGGUAGCUAUAAAGCAUAUGGAGGACAGAGUGGCUCCAUCUGCCAGACUGAACUUUAACUCAAUCUUUAUCAAUCGCUUUUUCACCGCCGCUCGACCAUUGCCAUUGUGUGAAGCUCUUCCCCCUUUCCUACACAACACACACACACACACAUACCUUAGUACACCUGUCAACCAUUGUAGUCUCUAUGUUACCUUGAAACUCAGAACAGAAGCAGAGCAGGUUGUCCGCUGUGAUCCACUCGGUGAGAGAAUGGCCUCUACCAUCGGCCUCCUCUCUGAGAAGCACUUCUUGUGCUCCCUGUGCAGAGACAUCUUCACCGGCCCGGUCACCAUAUCGUGUGGACACAGCUUCUGCUUGUCCUGCCUGAGCCACUAUUGGGCCCGACACCAGUCCAAAUAUUGCCCCCACUGUAAGAGAGUGUUCACUGACAAGCCCGACCUCAGCGUCAACCAUAUCCUAGCAGACAUCUCCGACAACUACAGGAAGACUCGGCCACAGCAACCACCUGAUGAGGAAAUGGUUAUAGAUUUCGAGCAGAUGAUCCUGGAAAGGCUGCAGAAGAUAGAAAGGUUGAAAUAUUCUCUCGAGGUGCAGAAGAGCUCUUACCUGAGGGAGGUGCGAGAGAGUCAGAAGGUCUUCUCUGACCUGGUGUACGCCAUGGAGAAGAGCCACAAAACAGUUGUUGCAGCAAUCGAGGACAGACAGAGAGACGAGGAGAAGCGAGUGGAGACGCUGGUGACGGAGCUGGAGCAGGAGAUCCAGGAGCUGAGGAAGGAGACCACCGAAUCCGACCACCAGAUAUCUGUUAUCGACGAUCAGAGUGACGACACAAAGCAAACUAACUUGAAAACUAUUUCCCUCUUGGACAUGAAGGACUGGUCCAAGGUCACUGUGGAGACGGACCCUUGUUUCGGGGUUACCAGACGAGCACUGUCGGACAUUGUGGACAAGAUGAGAGCAGAAGUCAACAGGCUCUCCAAAUCUGAACUAAAAAGAACCGAGAAAUACACAGUGGAUGUCAAUCUGAGCACCAAGACAGCACACCCCUUCCUCUCGGUCUCAGAGGACAGGAAACAGGUGAGGCACACGGACAAGCUCCAGGAGGUGCCAGAUAACCCCAAGCGCUUCGACCGUGUGGCAAACGUGCUGGCCAAGGAAAGCUUCGGCAGUGGGAGGUGCUACUGGGAGGUGGAGGUCGGGGAGAAGCUUGAGUGGAGCCUGGGCGUCGUCAAAAAGUCCAUAAACAGGAAGGGCAAGUUCACCGUCUGCCCUGCAAACGGUUUCUGGACCUUAAGCCUCAGGGCUGGAGGCCAAUUCGUUGCCAACACCUCUCCCAUCACCCCAUUGGCUCUGGAGCCGAGGCCCAGGAAGGUGGGUGUGUUUGUGGACUACCCAGUGGGCCGUGUGUCUUUCUACUGCGCAGAAUCUGGGGUCCACAUCCACACCUUCACAGACACCUUCACUGACAGGCUUCAUCCCUUCUUCGGCCCUGGUCGCCUGCACGGUGGCAAAAAUGCUGCUCCUCUAAUCAUCGGUUCCAGUUUUUGCAGCAUCUGA